GUUUGGUAUGGGCGGGGCUUACACCGGCUGGGGUGGUGUGUUUUACGCUCGGUGGAGUAGUGCUGCGUCUGUCACAGCCAGAAAGAGGAACUGUUCCAGCCUGUUGUGGUUAAUCAGCUGAAUGGAGCAGCAGCAGCAGCAGCAGCAGCGGGGCCUCUGUAGCUUUACCCCGGGCCGCUCUGCUUGCUUCGGGACUGGGGUCUCCACCUCCACCGGUCAGCCCACCAUGCGUUUAUCCAUCACCUCAACCACCGGCAGCCCGGUGGAGCUCACCGUCCCCCGAGGAGAGACCGUGGAGGGGCUGAGGACACACAUCUCGCAGAAACUCAGACUGCAAACAAACAGAAUCGUCCUCUUAUACAGAGACAGGCAGCUGACUGCAGGAAAGCUGAUGGACCUGGGUGUAGCAGAUGGCAGCAAACUGACCCUGGUACCUGUCAUUGAAGCUGGUUUAGUAUGCUCGACUGUCAAAGCUGAGAGGAGUAUAAUAGACGUCUUGGAAAGUUUAACAGAAGUCCAGAUCAGUGACUUCCUGUCUGGACGCUCACCUCUGACCAUUAACCUGGGAAUUGGUGCCCAUGUGAUGUACGUGCAGCUCCAGCUGUCUGCACAGAAUGUGGCAGAGCUGCAGCAGCAGCACUGGGGCCUGAGAGCUGAGGGCAGCAGCAGCAGCAGCAGCGAGCGUCAAACAGGACUGCCCACCACAGUCAGGACAAGCCACCCUGACUCUGCCUGGACCAAUUCCACGGGAUCCACUACCUCACCUGCCUCCCAAACCUCCACUCCAACUCCAGACUCUUCUGACUCCGCGUCCUCGACCCAGUUUAGCGCUCAAAGCCCCAGAACUUCUUCUAACUCAACAGCUCCCAUGCCCCACUCCUCCACCACUGCCACUGCUGUGAACUGCCAUCAUCACUCGUCUCCACAUCAGCCCUGUCCUCCCAACUCUACACACACAUCUUCUUCUAGUAUUUCAACCCCACUUUUUUCAUCUGGUUGUCCACAUCCCAGCUGUCCACUGCAAGCAGCCACACCGGUCUGUUCAUCAUCUCCCACUGGCUCCAUUCCUGGUCCCCAGAGCCCAGCGCCAGCCUCAACCUUUCAAGAGAGUGGUGUUCAUGCUUCAUCCACUGCAGAGCUGUGCAAGCAGCCAGGAGCAGUCAUAGAAAGUUUUGUGAGCCACUCUCCAGGCAUCUUCUCUGGGACUUUUUCUGGCACUCUGGGCCCUUGCAGUCAGAGCAGCAUCCACCAUCCUCGGAGUGGCAUCAACAUCAUUCUCCAGAUCCUCAAUGACCUCCUCAGAGCAGCCUACCACCAUCAGGGGGCUCAACCCGCCCUCCCUCAUCUCCACAGUCCUGCGUCAAACUCUUCAGUCAGCUCUGAGCAAAGCAAAGCAAAAAGCAAAUCACCGGUGACCCAGAGGGCAGAUCAGCUCAGUAAAACUUCAGGUGAGGAGAGCCACCCCCUCCACUCGUCCACACAGGAGAAUCAAGCAUUGCAAUCUAAGCUCGAGCGCCUGCAGUUUUUGAUGCAUCAGAGGCGUCUUCGCAGGCGAACUCGCAGGAACUCACACCACUCACAGACAUCUUACCCAUACCAGCAUCGUCACCAUCGUCCCUAGUCUCCUAGAUGGAAAAGAUCUACCUGCUGUGAUAGCACUUCUGAUACUAGGGCACCUCCCCUAAUGAAGAGAGGGAACCAUCAUGGAAACCAGAACUGAGCUGUAACCUUGUGGAAUAGGUGAAAGAGCAGCAGAGUGCAUGCUUUGUUGUUAUUUUUACACUAUGAGCAUUUCUAAAGAAUGUCAGAUCCCAGGAGUCAGAUUCUUGUGGGUGUCGCUGUACUGAGCAUGUUCCUUCAUGCAAUACAAUGGCUCUCAUUGUUAUGUAGCACGUGUCACAAAAUGUACAUUUUCAUGUUAUACAUCUUGGUGUUUUGUACAAAGACCUCUUUCUGUGUGUUUCUUUAUGUAUUCCAAUGCCUUAACUGUCCUGAAUGUAAACUGUAUGUUUGUUCUGUGCAGGGGAUGCUCCUCUAACAUGUUUUACUUAUGCAAUAUUAAAAUGUAAACAACAAAGAAGGGGAAAAAACAUGCAAAAAAUAAAGAAAAAAAUAGAAAAAACCUGGA